CUUUAGCCUCAAUUUUGUAGGUUAUAGACAUUUUGAUGAGAUAAAAGUCGCCACGAAGGAUAUUUUAGAAGAUAUUCUUCAUUUGAAUUAGAAUUUCAAUAAAAAAAUCAUAUAAUGUGUAACUUUUGUUCAUGGGAAGUAACAGAAGCAUUCAAAUUUAAAUCCAAUAACAUAAUUCCUCAUGUUGAAGAAACAGGACAUUCUGUUGACUUAAGACAGAUUUAUGCGAAGGAGACAAGGAAUGGACAAUUAAUCGACACAUCUAGCGAUCAUAAAGUUUGUUGGUUAUGUAUACAGAUAAUAACAGUUUAUAUUGGUAUAUGAAACAGAGACUGAUAUGAUCGAGAAGUAUAUUCCAGAAAUAGUGUACUUUGCAGAAGAUCCUGUUAUUAGUAGGCAAUGUCCUGUUUCCUUUAGUGCCUACAGCAGUUUUAUAAAGUAUUUCUAGAAGUGAAGGAAAAAUGGGUUCUCAUAACACAGAAAUCCUUGACAGUCUAGCUUGGAAGCCAUCACCAGAUUUAUACAUAAAAACCGAAGAUAUCGAUAUAAAAUCUGAAGGAAGUGAACAGGAACAAGAAAUGCUUGAAAUUUGUUCUACUUUGCCACAAUUUGAAGAUAAAAUGGCAUUUAAUAAAACCGAGUAUAAAGAAAUAAAAUCAGAAAUUGAAGAUAAAGAGAGUAGCAGACCAUCAAGUAUUUUCAAGUAUUCAGAAGAAUAUAGACACUUAAAGAAACACAUAAAGGCAACCAGGUAUAAGAACACAGGCACACACUCGGAAAAGCCAGUGUACAAGUGCAAUUUUUGUGACUUUAGUACCAAAUAUAGUUACAAUCUGAAGACCCACAAGUUGAGACACAUGGACACCUCAGAAGUUCGAAUGUACAAGUGUGCUUUGUGCGAUUUUAAUACUAAAUAUAAAGCCAAUCUUAAAUCUCGCCAGUUGCAACACGCCAACCCUUCAGAAGUGCAAAUGUACGCAUGUGAUUCAUGUAAUUUUACGACGAACAAUAAAUACCGGCUUAAACGCCACCAGUUGAUGCACGCGGACCCCUCGGUAGUGCAAAUGUACACGUGUGAUUCGUGUAAUUUUACUACGAAAAUUAAAUACAGACUUAAGGAGCAUCAGUUGAAACAUGCGGACCCUUCAGAAGUGCCAAUGUGCAUGUGUGAUUCGUGCGAUUAUAGAUCAAAAAAUAGGAACAAUCUUUCGUUACAUCAACUACAACACGCCGAUCCCUCAAAAAUGCAGAUGUACACGUGUGAUUUGUGUGAUUUUAAAACGAAAUAUAAGAGGAGUCUUAGCCUUCAUCAGCUGAAACACGCGGACCCUUCAGAGGUACCGAUGUACAAAUGUAAUUUUUGUGAUUAUAUGUCUAAAUACAAAACCAAUCUUACAACCCAUCAAUUAAAACAUGCCGAUCCUGCAAAGGUGCAAAUGUAUCAGUGUGAUUUAUGUCAAUAUAAAUCCAAAAACAGGAAUAAUGUUAGGUCACACCAAAUACAACACACCAGUUUGUCAGAACUGCAAUUAUACAAGUGUGAUCUGUGUGAUUUUAUGACCAAACAUAAGUACACACUUAAGCGCCACCAGUUGACACACACCAGCCCUUCAGAGACGCGAAUGUACAACUGCGAUUUGUGCGACUUUAAAACUAAAUAUGAGAACAAUCUUAGGAUCCACCACUUGAGACAUAAAGACUCUCCGGAAGUACAUGUAUACGAGUGUGACACUUGUGAAUACAGAUCUAAAAGCAAGAACAAUUUUAUAUGCCAUCAAUUAGUACACAAGGACUCUUCAGAUGUACAAAUACACAAAUGUAAUUCAUGUGAUUAUAAGACGAACAGAAAGUACCUUCUUAAACUUCACCAAUUAAAACACUCAGAGGGACCAAGGUGCAAGUGUGAUUUGUGUGAUUUUGAGACUAAAUAUAAGAACAAUCUUACAUCCCAUCGACGGACGCACAAAGACCCUUCAAAAGUACAAACGUACAGCUGUGAUUUGUGUGAUUUUGUGACCAAAAAUAAAUACAGUCUUAGAUCCCACCAGUUGAAACAUAUGGUUGUAAAACCAAAAAUAGAAAGUACUUAAAGUUCCAUUCGAUGGUCAGGUAUGAAAAAUGUAAACACAAAAUCAAGCAUAAACUGGCUUUUACAUUCCACUGAUAAUGUAUGAGGAUCCAAUAUAUAAAUGCAUAUAUGUAGUGAAUGUGUUCCAAGGGUAAAUAUAAGCAUUAGACAUCAUGAAUUGACAUACAAAUAAUUCGCAAGCUAUAAUCUAUAAUAUAAAACCGAGGGGUUGUAUCAUUAAAUGUCACCAAGUAACAGUAGAGAAAGACUUAAAAAACAGUUAGAUAUUUACAAUAAUUGUA